CCUCUCCCUCCCUCUAUAUAUAUAUGCACAUACCUUUUCCUGUCAUUCUCUUACUCUUCUUUUCUCCCUCUACUCCUUCCUCUCCACCCUUCCUCCCUCUCCCUGCACACUCCGUCUCCCUCCCUCUCUCUCUCUUAUUCUCUUCCCACACUGCCACGCCAUGGUGAACGACGAGUGGAUAGGAGCGGCCAUGACUAAUGACAUGGUGGUGGUCGAGCUCCUGAUUCAUCUCCGCCAGUCCCAAGCUGCCCCCAAAUCUCGCCCUCUGACCGCCGCCGCCGCCCCCCUCUCUUGGGGUCUCAAGCAGCCGCGCUCUAGGCUCGCACCCAGAUGGAAGGACGCCGAUUCUACCAGAUGUAGCCCCACCACGCCCCUCUCUUGGAGUGGCGCCGCCUCUCCCUCCAUCACCGCUGAUGGUUGCGAAGAAUCUAGCCGUCCCUCCCUUGUUUCUCAACAAGCAUCCAGAUCCAAGGCUUCGGCUUCUGCUACGAGUGCAUGUACUGGGAACUCUGCCUCCACCAAGAGGUGUAGAAAAAACAAGACCUUUGCUGAAUUGAAGGAGGAGGAGAGCGUUCUGCUGAAGGAAAGGACACAUUUAGAGAAGGAGUUAGCAACUCUGAGUGCAACUUUUAACGAGCAGAGGGCUAGAAAUGAGAGCUUGAAGAGGAUUAAGUUUGAUUUAGGUGCCACAUGUAAGAACAGUCCGAGUUCAGCAUCCGGUGAAAAUACGCUUUGUAAGGUGCAAACGCGAACAGCAGAGGACGGUAGUGAUCCACAAUCAGAUUCGAAGGCAGGCCGGACCGAAUCAUCCGGGGAAAGUGGCUUCUUGAUCCCAGAUCUCAAUAUGAUGCCAUCCGAGGGUGAUUCCUCUCAUGUGGAAUGAUGGGUCGAGAUAUGGCCCUUCUGCUGUUUAAAACAGAGCCCUAGAGCCAGCUGGGAAGAGCUUUCAUGGGAAGCCACAAUUCCGCAAACAAUGUACAGGCCCAUGGGAGAGGCAGAAACUUAAUGGACCGAGUAAGCAGAUCAUGGGGCAACUUGAACGCCGCUUGCCCAUUCUUGUUCACGAUGGUUUAGUGUAGUCAUCCUACUGGCCAAUAAUUAAAGGCUGUAGAGAUAUUAAUGUUGCAGGUGUCCGAAAUUUCUUGUGGGGCAAAAGUAAAACCUCUUUACUUUUUUGAUCUCCGGAUUCUUGUUUCUUCUUCAAUGUAUUAUUCUUUGUAUUUUUUU